UGUGACGGGGCACAUUAACGAUAUUUAUAAGGAGCAGCUCUUCAGUCCGAUCACCAGACACCACCAUGAGAUCCUUUUUAGUCCUUGCUCUGCUGAUAGUCGCCGCGGCAGUGGUUCAGGGUGCAGUCGACAUAGAGAAAGCUAUCAAAUUGCUAAACAAAUGCAAAAAGGAAACCGGAGCUACAGAAAAUGUUGAAGAGAUGAUUAAAACCAAAACCAUUCCUACCACUCCUGAAGGAAAAUGUAUGAUCCUGUGUGCUGCUCGAGAAAAAGGUUUUGUUAAAGAUGAGAGGAUAAAUACGAAAGCUAUAUCCGACUUCAUGGAGGUCGAGUACGCUAACGAACCUGAGAAACUGGAAAAGGCCGCUGAGACCUUGCAAAAUGUAGUACCAUUGACACAUCUGGUCUUGAAAAAUGUGACAAGGCCGUUGCCUAUGUGAAGUGUGCUAAGGACAGCAACUUCGAGAUAUGAAAAAAAUGAAACCAACAUUGUUUGUUAUACUUUUUAAAUAAAUUACUUCUUAUUUUCUGAA